ACACAUUCUGCGUCUGCGUGGACAUUUUAAAAUUUCUCCAGCUGGAAAGAGAGGGAGCAGCAGAAUUACGUUUCUAACUAGGAAAUGAAAAAAAAUUCCGUCACCGGAGUCACAAUGGGACGACCAAAGAAGACGACCAAACAACGUAAAAACCCCAAGUUGGACAAAUUGGAGGCUUUUCUCGAAGAUUUCGACAGUGAGGUGAAAACUGUAGUUGAAAGGCUGAAGGAGAGAACAAACAGCCUCCUGAAAGAUGCAGACAACUUCUUCAACAUGGCUGUGAUCAAGCUGCCUAAAGCAGUGAGGCAGAUGAACUGGCUUGAGCAUUGUGGGUCAGAGAAACCAAAGUCACCGGUGGAGGAUGUCAAGAAAUUAGAGGCUGCACAAGUGGAGAGCAUCAUGGCUGAAGUCCAUACUAUUCUCCCCAAGACUGCUAAAAAAGUAACGUUGGAAAGCGGUGAAGUCAGGACAAGUUCAGAGGAUGAGGAGAACACUAUUAUGGCCAGAGGGAAGAAGGGUAAAUCAACUAGGAAACCUCUGUCAAAGAGGGCCAAAGCACUGUCAGUCAGCCAGCAGAACACCUCCAUCAAAAAGACCAGUAGGAAGCCACUGGUCACUCCUACUAGGAACAUGCUGGACAGCUCCCUGAUGGGCCCUACCCCCCUCAUCACACCACGCUUCGACCCCUGGCUUCCCAAGACCCUGGCGACGAGGAUACCCCGCCACAAGGAGAGGGUGUACAGCAUCUCGGUCAACGGCUCCCCCAUCUCAGAAGGCAGUAAUGAUAUCUUCAUCAAUGUCCCUGUGGGGGACGGAGUGAGCAUUCAGCUGCUGGCCAGUCAGAUGGACACUGUGGACCUGGGACAGCUGGAUGAGACGGCCAUAACGAGCAUUCGUCUGCUACAGAACCGUCUCGCAACACUGUGUGAAACAGCCGAGUGACCGCUGCACCUUCAGUCCCAGCAUGUUUCUCCCCAAUUUCGAUCUGGUCUCAUCGCUGCAACUCCCCAACAGUCUCGGGAGAGGUGAAGGUCGAGUCGCGCGUCCUCCAAAACAUGACCUGCGCUUCUUAAACACCUGCCCACUUAACCCGGAAGCCAGCUGCUCCAAUGUGUCGGCGGAAACACUGUUCGACUAACGUCCGAGGCGAAGGAGUCGCUAGAGCGUGGUGAGCCAAGUAAAACGCCCCCAGCUAAACCCUCCCCUAACCCGGACUACACUGGGCCAAUUGUGCGCAGCCCAAUAGGACUCGCGGCCGGUUGUGUCCCAGCAUUUUUUUGUUGUUGUACAAGAUUCACAUUUUUAAAUGUUUUUUAACACUACUGUCUGUAUAUUUCUUCUAUUUUAAUACAUAGUUAUGUUUAUCUGUCAAGUCUGCAUCAGGGUGUUUAUCGUUGCAUUCUUUUCAUUUAAAAUCUUUGAUUCUUAAAUCAGUCCGACAUGAUUUUGAGACGCUAUUCCUCAGGGAUGCUCAAUGCAUGCAGUAAGGGAAUGUUCUAGUCUUCCAUGAUGGUGAUUUAUAUAAUGUCAAGGUUGUAAAUAUGACUAAAAUGAAUCAACCCUAACUACACCCUUCCCCUCAUAGUCUAGCAUAACAUGUUUGAAACUCAUUUGGGAGCCUGUUUAUUGUCAAUGCUAUAUCUAUUGGCCUGUCUCAUCAAUACAGUUUUGUCUGCACUAUAGUGGUGGUUGUGCCAGUUCAAUGUGUGAUGUAACUACGGCCCAUGUAAUUUUAGAUUUUUGUGGUAUUUGGACAUUUCUGUUUUUAAAAGUAAAUACGCUGUUUUGUUCAGUUAUUUUCCUUAAGUGUAAUCUCUUUCUGGGGAACGUCUUAAUUUGUGUGACGGAAGUUGGGACCGCUGUUUGGGGGAGGGGGUUGUGGCUCUGUAGACUUUCAGAUCUAGGCCUACAUGAAGCUCUGGUCGUACUAGUAAUAAAGUACAGAAAUACAAGUGUCUUUUUCAUGUUCUCUUGUUGCCAUAAUAUGCUGUAGUCAGAGACAACUGGACAUUACUGUUUGCCUGCAUUGAUUCCGUGAGACAGUCUGCUCAUUACUCCCCUGGAAUUCAAUUUGUGUCCCUGAUACCCAUUUCAGACAGGUGUGUUAUAUAAUCUCUAUAAUAUAAGGCAAUGGGAUUUGAACUGUAGAUUAGUGACAAUCCCAAAAUAUAUCCUCUUGGGGGGGGAAAAAAGAGACUACUAGUCAAUGUCAAAGCAGUAACUGAUGAAACGUCACACUCCAUAGCAAUCUAAAUUGUGUUGUUGGUAUGUUUUAGUAGCAAGUUGCAAGAUGGUUCAUGAUAAAUGUCUAAAUGAACUACUCAAAUCACAUUCCCUGUAACUGGCAUUUGGAACUACUAUUAAACAUAUUGCAACACC